UAAGAAAAAAAAACUUUUUUUUUUUUUUGUAAUCUAUCCGCCCACUCCUAAUGCAUAAAAAUUAAAAAGUUAAAUUAUUAGUUAAUAAACAAAGCAAUUCUUUAUAUCAAACUUAUGAAAAAUUUUAAUGUAAAACCGUACCAAGCGUACCAACCCUAUAAUACUCUGCCCACCAAUCAUAAUAAAGGUCGUCAUCUGCUACAGCAGCCUAAAGCAGCAACUCAUUCGCUUCACUACUAUCAAGAGCAACAACAACAGCAACAGCAAUCACAAGAGCAAAUAAUUUUUACCAACAAUCACAAUACGCCUACUUCGCGUAAUAGUAAUACCAACGCAUUACAAUUUACACCACAGCACACAUCUUGUCUAUUAGCAUCAUCAGCAUCCUCGUCAUCAUCGCCAUCAUCAUUAUCGUCAUCAUCAUCAUCAUCAACAUCAUCAUCGUCACGAUCAUCAACAUCACUAUCGUCGUCAUCAUUAGCAAAACAGUCAGCAAUUAUUGAAUCAAAGACAACAAAUAUAACUCCUACGCUUGGCGGUUAUUUAGUUAAUAAUAAUCAAUCUCAACAAAAUCUUAAUCAACAACAACAACACUCAACAGCCGCAAUGUUAGCUUUAAGUAACGUCCCGACUAACAGCAACAGCAACAGCUGCAUUAACAAUUAUAAUUUAACAAAUUUGCAUUACAACAACAAUAACAACAACAACAACAGCACUACUCUCUCUCGUCGACCACAACGACCGAACUCAUUAAAUUUGACGAAAAAUUUUUCAACAUCACCACCGACUUCAUCACCAUAUUCAUCAAUUUCUUCCUCUUGCUCUACAAAUACUUCGGCGUCGUCGUUAUGCUGCGCAAAUGUUCCGCAAACAACAAAUUUCAAUUUUCCUCUUAAUUCUUGUUCUUCCACUUCGUCGUUCUCGUUACCGACCACGUUACAACAGCAACAGCAACAGCAACAGCAGCAACAACAACAACAACAACAACAACAAUUACAGCAAAUUGCGCAAAAUAAUACAAAUGGCGAUUUACAACAACAAUUAAAACAACAACAACAACAGCAACAACAACAACAACAACAACAAAUAAAUAAUAUAUGUGAUACACCACCACCUGCAACUGCAAAUGGUUCGUUAACAAUGAACGCAACAAAUUCAAUUCCUUUUGCCGUCAAUCAAUCAAACAGUAUUUGUAACAACAAUGAAAUUCAUUACAACAACAACAAUAAUAAUAAUAAUAAUAAUAGCAAUAGCAACAAUAAUAACAAUAAUAACAACAAUAAUAACAAUUGUGAUAAACUUACAUUGGAUGCCUGUGAAAUUGCGAACUUUCUCGCCAAUGAGCUUUUUAUGCAACAGGUACAUAAAUCUCCUCUACUCGUAAAUUUCUCGUUUAGAAAAAAGCGAUGGAAAAGAUUCAUAUAAAUAGGUUUAACUGAUGAAAUUAUUUCAUUUUCCAAUUGUUCAUAAUCAAACAAAAAAUGGGUGACAAAAAGCCGGAAAAGCUUGAAAAAUUUCAAACCCAUUAUGGUAUUGCUGCGUGCUCUUAACCAGAAUGGCGCUUCGCUUUUGCCGAAAUUGUAUUUAACUCGAUAGAUAAAAUCGUCUGCCAUGAUUAUCUUUUUCUAUUUGGGUUAGAAUUAUUUAUUUAGUUUUUUUUGUUUUCUUCCAAAUCUCGCUCCUGGCGACUUUAUUAGUGUAAAAGUGAACGGAAAUUCUGAACGGACUAAUUUCGAUUGGAAUUCGGUUAGGAUAUCCGCUGAAAUUGAAUUGAAAUUCGUUUGCAAGUCAAUUGAGAUUAGUUUGGAGUUCCAUUGGAAUUCAUUUGAAAUUGAUUUGUUCGAAUAUUUGAUAAAUCGAAUGUUUUAUGAAGGCCACGACAACAUAAUACAUUAAUUUUCAAAUCAAGAAGUUGAAAACGUAGAAUUCAAAUUGAAUUAAAAUUGAAUUAUAUUUCAAAUGCAAGUGAACUAAAGUUGUAGUGAUCUUGUAUUGGAAUUGAGUUAACAUUGAAUUCAUGUUAAUUCUAAAUUAAAUACUUUACGACGGCGGACGGUAAGAAGUGAUGGAUUAAUUUCUAUUCGGACAAUCUGCUCCGAUAUGGAUGUCAAUUAAGAAGUGCUUUGGAAGCAUCCGUUUU